CGCCGAUCAUCUCUCUCCGUCUGUACCUCUAUUCCUGCUCCACUAGCCCAAUCAUGGACCUCGCAGCGAGGUGUGCGUUCCUGCUCUCCAGCUUCGCCGUGCUCGCAGCGCUCGAUUUGGACGCGAUUGACCCAGGCUACUAUGUGGAGACCAGCAGUUCGUCAGAUGUGAUCGACUACAAAGAUCCCUGCAAAGCUGUUGCUUAUCUCGGAGAUAUUGCGCUGGAUGAAGAAGAUAUGCGCAUGUUUAAAGUGGACCGCAUUGUGAAUUUAGCAGAGCGAACAGUCAUAGUUCUGAAUCACACAGAUGCAGGUUCACUUUCCAAUGAGACGAAUACAAACAAUACGGCGUCCCAUCGCAGGAAGAGAGCAGCGACGUCCAGACCUGAGAGGGUUUGGCCCGAGGGCGUCAUUCCUUACGUCAUCAGCGGGAACUUCAGCGGUAGCCAGAGAGCCAUAUUCAGGCAGGCCAUGAGACACUGGGAAAAACACACAUGUGUGACGUUCAUCGAGAGAACAACAGAAGAGAGCUACAUCGUCUUCACCUACCGGCCGUGUGGGUGCUGUUCGUAUGUGGGCCGGAGAGGAGGGGGUCCGCAGGCCAUAUCCAUCGGGAAGAACUGUGAUAAGUUUGGGAUUGUGGUGCAUGAGCUUGGUCACGUGAUCGGAUUCUGGCAUGAGCACACGCGACCCGACAGAGACGAUCAUGUCAGUAUCAUACGGGACAACAUUCAGCCAGGACAGGAGUACAACUUCCUGAAGAUGGAGCCUGGUGAGGUGGACUCACUCGGAGAGGUCUAUGACUUCGACAGCAUCAUGCACUAUGCAAGAAACACUUUCUCCAGAGGGAUAUUUUUGGACACCAUUCUGCCACGAUAUGAUGUGAACGGAGUUCGGCCGCCCAUCGGUCAGAGGACCAGACUGAGCAAAGGAGACAUCGCACAGGCACGCAAACUUUACAAGUGUCCAAGAUGUGGAGACAGUUUGCAGGAGAGUAGUGGAAACUUCUCUUCACCUGGUUUUCCCAAUGGUUAUUCAGCAUAUAUGCACUGCAUAUGGAGAAUUUCAGUCACACCGGGAGAAAAGAUCAUUCUGAACUUUACAUCUAUGGAUUUAUACCGGAGUCAUUUGUGCUGGUAUGAUCAUGUGGAAAUCAGAGAUGGAUAUUGGAGGAAAGCACCACUGAAAGGUCGAUUUUGUGGGGAUAAAUUACCGGAGCCGAUCGUCUCUACAGACAGUCGCCUUUGGAUUGAGUUUCGCAGCAGCAGCAACUGGGUGGGAAAGGGCUUCUCUGUGGUUUACGAAGCUAUUUGCGGUGGGGAGGUGAAGAAAGACAAUGGUCAAAUUCAGUCUCCGAACUACCCAGACGACUACAGACCUAACAAAGUGUGUGUGUGGAAGAUCACUGUGGCUCAGGGUUACCAUGUAGGCCUUACCUUCCAAUCGUUUGAGAUCGAGAGGCACGAUAACUGCGCAUACGACUACCUGGAGGUUCGAGAUGGGAACUCAGAAAGCAGCCCACUGUUGGGCAGAUUCUGUGGUUAUGACAAACCCGACGAUAUUAAAUCCAGUUCCAACCAGCUCUGGAUGAAGUUUGUGUCUGACGGUUCUGUCAACAAGGCUGGAUUUGCUGCUAAUUUCUUCAAAGAAAUGGACGAGUGCUCCAGACCCGACAACGGUCGCUGUGAGCAGCGCUGUGUCAACACGCUCGGUAGUUACAAGUGUGCCUGUGACCCUGGGUACGAACUGGCGGCAGACAAACGGAGUUGCGAGGCUGCCUGUGGUGGUUUCAUCACCAAGCUGAAUGGGUCCAUCACCAGUCCAGGCUGGCCCAAAGAGUAUCCGCCCAACAAGAACUGCAUCUGGCAGCUGGUGGCGCCCACGCAGUACCGCAUCACGCUGCUCUUCGAUGUCUUCGAGACGGAGGGGAACGAUGUGUGUAAAUAUGACUUUGUUGAGGUGAGAAGUGGUCUGUCCGCCGACUCCAGACUUCACGGGAAAUUCUGCGGUGCUGAGAAACCGGAGGCCAUCACCUCUCAGUACAACAACAUGCGCAUUGAGUUUAAAUCUGACAACACCGUCUCCAAGAAGGGCUUCAAGGCCCAGUUCUUCUCAGAUAAAGAUGAGUGCUCUAAGGAGAACGGCGGAUGUCAGCAUGAAUGUGUGAACACCUUUGGCAGCUACAGUUGUCAGUGCAGAAGUGGCUUCAUUCUGCAUGAAAACAAACAUGACUGCAAGGAAGCCGGCUGUGAUCACGUUGUGAACAGCGUGAGCGGGACCAUCACCAGCCCAAACUGGCCAGAUAAAUACCCCAGUAAGAAGGCCUGCACCUGGGCCCUCUCCACCACCCCGGGACAUCGGAUCAAAAUAGCUUUCAAUGAAAUUGACAUGGAGCCUCAUCUGGAAUGUGCUUAUGACCACAUUGAGAUUUACGACGGUCGGGAUGGGAAGGCACCCAGCCUCGGACGAUACUGUGGCACCAAGAAACCUCAACCAAUCAUAUCCUCCAGCAACAAGAUGUUCAUCCGCUUCUUCUCUGAUAACUCAGUGCAGAAGAAAGGCUUCGAGGCUUCCCAUACCGCAGAGUGUGGAGGCCGUCUGAAAGCGGAGGUGAAAACUAAAGACCUCUACUCUCAUGCCCAGUUUGGUGAUAAUAACUACCCCGGGGCGUCAGACUGUCAGUGGGUGAUCGCAGCAGAGAAGGGCUACGGCGUAGAGCUCAUCUUCCAGACCUUCGAAAUCGAGGAGGAGGCCGACUGUGGCUAUGAUUACAUGGAGCUGUUUGAUGGGGCGGACACCAAAUCACCCAGACUAGGCCGCUACUGUGGAUCAGGGCCUCCAGAAGAGAUCUACUCCGCCGGCGACUCCAUCGUCAUCAAAUUCCGCUCAGACGACACCAUCAAUAAGAAGGGCUUCCACGUGCGUUACACCAGCACCAAGUUUCAGGACACGCUCCACUCCCGUAAGAAGUGACCCCUAGUGGCCGGGAGGGGCCGUGCAGGGCCUAGGGGGAAGCGAAAGGGCCCCAGGGGGAGGGCCUCGCCCAUUGCUCGGAGCCCCCCGGUCGCCAAGAACACCCAGACUCGACGGACCAGCCGCAAGAACGCCAACCGCACCUCAGUAGUUCACAGGGGUUCUGGCAUCCCCUACUGACUGUGAGGAGUAAAGCCAUUCCGCAGUAGACCUUGUUUUUACCUUUUUUUAAUUAUUACAUUCGGGGCAAGAUGUGGAGGGGGGGGGUGGAAUGUAUUCAGUUGCUGGAUACAAAUAUAGGGGCGAAAUCAAAAGGGGAGGGUGGGAAGGGUGGGCGUAGCUGAUUGGAUACUGGAACCCCCCCUUUUUGUCACCUUUCAUGAGCCGAGAGUGCGUUGAAAAACACAAAUACACUGAGGAACUCCUGCAGGAGAACCGAGCAAACUCACCAAACCAGUCAUCUGUGCAACAGUGGGAUAGAGGAAGUGGGAAAUAAGCGAAGCAGGGGCAUUCAGGACGGUGUUCCUCACAUGUUUUCCAACCUUGAAACGUGAGAUUUACCGCUGCACUGUGGGGAAACAACCGUCUCUUCUUGACAUUAUUGGCAUUGCUUGUUCUUAAAGAGUCUCUUAGGCUAUUGUGGGCCAGUUUCUUUGUCGUUACUUGAGCAAAUGACACUGUAUGUCAAAGAGAUGCAUGUGGUACAGCUAGAAGGAAAUGUGGACGUAAUGGCACCAGCAUUUGUAAUAACUCGUUUUUUCCUGGUCAGUAGUCCAGAAGGUUCCCUGCCCAAAAUGAUCACUCUCCAGGAGGUUUUCCAGAAUCAGUUAUCAUAUUACUAAUAAACUAUACGUGGCCCAUGUCUGAUGGCUGUUAAUUGCUUUUGCAUAAAAACAGGAUGGUAUGGUGGAAAACGCUUAGCUUUUGUUAGAUUAAGCACACACUUUUUUCAAGGUCAUGAUAAUGUGGUGCUGUCCUUGUAACACUUUCUCUGCUUCGCCAGUCAUGAACAAAUUAGGCACAAUCGCAUGAAAAUUGGUGGGCCCUUUUGUGUCCUGACAUCCCACAGCUGUUUUCUUUUAUCUUCUUUUUCAGGCUCUUUCCUCACAGUCCAUGACCGAAAGUUGUUUUCAAAACUAGAGUCACUAGUGUAUGGACCUCAGUCAGGGUUGUCAAUGUAAAAAAUGUCAAAUUAGACAUGACCUUAAAGAGGUAGUUCAGCCAAAGAUUCUGUCAUCAUUUACUUCAUAUUUGAGUAAAUGACUUGCGUUCUCCUGUGAAACACAAAAGAAGCCAUUUGGAACAACGUUUUUGUCCAUACAAUGUCUCAACAUAAUGUUGGACAAAAAAAAGUCUCAAAAUGUCUUUUUGUGUAUGUUCCACAGAAGAAAGAAAGGAACGAUGUCCUUUGAGGGUGAGUAAAUGAUGCCAAAAUCUUCAGUUUUGGGUGAAUGAUCUCUUCAAGACCUAAAACCUAUUGAGCGAACAAUCAAAAUACUCUUGACUAAGGUCCAUCGUCUGCGCACCCAAUAUGAUUUUGAUUUAAAACCUGAAAGGACUGUACUUUUUUAGCAGUCCUCAGAUGUCCUACUGCUAGGUAGAUGUUGCUCUUACACCGCUGACUAUGGGAAAACUGUUAAAACUGUAAAAUGUUCAUUUGUACCAAUAACGUACCUCAGCGUGUGGGAGAGCGGUGGGAUGGUGCUAUUUCAAAUGAGCCCUGCGCCCCAGUCCUUUCAGUCGCUCUUUCUCCAUUGAUAUCCAGUGUCAGUUGGGAAGAGAGCAUGUUUGAUGUCAAAUCUGUGUGGAAUAGUGCUGAAUAGCGUGAUCUCCAGGGUCGAUCAUUUGAUCUGAAGUGGUAGCGCACUCCAUUUCCAGGAUCAUCCCUGUGAAGUAUGCUGCUCCCUACCUCUCUAGCUUUCUGUCUCCUGCAGAAUUCCUUCAAAGGCUGUUGACUUGGUCUCCUCUGUCUCAACCGCGCUUUUCAUCAUAUGAUAUCAUUUCACACCUGUUUGCCUUUGUGGAUUUACCUAAAGCUCUUUUAAAUCUCAGGUUCAGGAUAUCUGAUUGUUGUUACCCACUGAAUCAUUCCAAGACACUAGAUUUGAAUCGUUGCAGGACUUGCUUACUGUUUGACUUGGAUGUGUGAAAUCCAGGAAGGCAAAUGAUGAGGAUUAUGGGUUUUAGAGGACACAUUUUGGGGUUUAAACUCUUUUAGACAAUGCCUUCCAUCUGAACCUUGAAUCAGUUCACCUCAAGCCACGAGUGCUGUGACCAAACAAGUUGCUCGAUAUACGAUCUUGCAAGCUUACCCUCAUGCUCAAAAUCGGCUAACUUCUAUCCUAGUUCUUCAAAUGGAUUUUAUUGUGUGUGUCUAAGAUACCCAGUUUAGUAUCUCUGUAUUUGAAUAUGCUUCCUAGCAUAGCUUUUUAGAGUAGUGGAGCACUUGUACAUUUUGCUAAUCGAAGCACAUCCUCCUAAGCAUUAUUAAUGUUUUUAAUGCCCAUGUUAUUUCUUGUUAGAAAUAGUGUUUUGUGGGCGAACGCGGGCUUCAAAUGAUCUGUUUUAGCACAUGUUACCUCAGCAUAAUAGUGUAUGCUUGAUUUAUUCACCCUGACUGGCCUUCCCACACAAGACUUGGUACAUGUUUAUGCAUUUUAUCAUAUGUAUGUAUGUAAAUAUGUAUUAAUGUAUUCAAAGUACACUAAACCAUAGACAACUUGAUGAGAACUAAGGCUAUGUGUAAUUGCAGACAAAAGAUGCAAUUUAUUUAUAUUGUAUAGCUAAUUUUCACCUAUGUAUUGCACAUAGUGUUAACAAGUGCAUCUAUUUCAUAAAAUGUUAUUUUCAUUUUGAAAUGCCUCAUGUCAAAUUUUGUCUUGUAGACUCAGGAAUUAUUGACUGACCAUUUAAUUAACUGAAUAAAAGCCCAAAUAUACCUA